AAAAUCGUACCCAACCAAAUCCAGAGAGAUCAAAUUCCCCCAGAAAAUAAAGAAUUUCUCUCUCGCUCUCUCAAUCUCAACCAUCUGAUCGAUCCCUCCCGCCGUAAAUACAUCGCCGUCGGCGAGAAGAGAAGGAUUGGAAUUGAAUGGAUCAGAUUCUGAACAAGGCCGGGUCCUACUGGUUCAGCCAGAAGGCCACCAAGGAGAUCUCCUCCGUCGGCGAUGACAUCAACUCAUUGCAAUCCAGUAUCUCAGGAGGAGCGAGUUGGUUGGUCAAUAAAGUGAAAGGAAGCAUGCAAAAGCCAUUGCCUGAGCUUCUUAAGGAGUAUGACCUCGCAGUAGGAAUCUUUCCUCGGGAUGCUACCAACUAUGAAUUCAAUCAAGAGACAGGAAAACUAACCGUCUACAUACCAUCAGUCUGUGAAGUCGGCUACAGGGAUUCAUCUGUGUUGCGGUUUUUCACUACUGUCACUGGAUACCUGAAGAAAGGAAGGCUAGAAGACAUUCAGGGGAUCAAGACAAAGGUGACCUUGCUAUGGGUAAAAGUGACCUCUAUCUCCUCUGGGGGAUCAAAGCUCAAUUUCCAGGCUGGGAUGAGCAGAAGCAGGAGUAGGGAGGCUUAUGAGGUUUCUAGAGAUGGAAUUACUGUAGACAAGUUUUGAAAAGGUAAUAUGCGCAUCAGUUGCUGUUCUGUAAUUGUACUAGUUUUCAGAGCUGCAGCUUGCUUCUCCUCCAUGAAAACUUGUUGAAUGAGUGAUCAUGUGUUAUUUUCUGGA